GGCGUGGUGGAAGGACACAGUGAGGUUCUCACCUCCGCCCCCCGCCCGUCGCUCGCAUCCCCAGUUCCAUCAAAGCCAACACGGACCAGCGCAGGGAUCUCCGAGUUGCGAGUGUGCUGAGGCUGGGACUGUCACUCAUUCUCCGCUCAGCGCGUGAGCACAGCUCGGCAGUGGCUGGCAGGAAACAAUUCUGCAAAAAUAAUCAUACCCAGCCUGGCAAUUGUCUGCUCCUUGGUCCGUUGCUCCGCCGCCGUCCACAGUCGCUAGCAAAGGGAAGGCACAGAAUUUACCGCGGCCAGAACAUCCCUCCCAGCCGGCAGUUUACAAUGCUGCGAACUACGGACCUCAUCUGGACUUUGUUUUUUCUGGGGACCGCAGUUGCCCUGCAAGUGGAUAUUGUUCCCAGCCAAGGAGAAAUCAGUGUUGGAGAGUCCAAAUUCUUCCUGUGUCAAGUGGCAGGAGAAGCCAAAGAUAAGGAUAUCUCCUGGUUCUCCCCAAAUGGGGAAAAGUUGAGCCCGAACCAGCAGCGGAUCUCAGUGGUGUGGAACGAUGACGACUCCUCUACACUCACCAUCUACAAUGCCAAUAUUGAUGAUGCUGGCAUUUACAAGUGUGUGGUCACUGGCGAGGAUGGCACCCAGUCCGAGGCCACUGUCAACGUGAAGAUCUUCCAGAAGCUCAUGUUCAAGAAUGCCCCAACCCCACAGGAGUUCAAGGAAGGGGAAGAUGCGGUGAUUGUGUGUGAUGUGGUCAGCUCUCUGCCCCCAACCAUCAUCUGGAAACACAAAGGCCGAGACGUCAUCCUGAAAAAAGAUGUCCGAUUCAUAGUCCUGUCCAACAACUACCUGCAGAUUCGGGGCAUCAAGAAAACAGAUGAGGGCACUUACCGCUGUGAGGGCAGAAUCCUGGCCCGGGGGGAGAUCAACUUCAAGGACAUUCAGGUCAUUGUGAAUGUACCACCCACCGUCCAGGCAAGACAGAGCAUCGUGAAUGCCACUGCCAACCUGGGCCAGUCUGUCACCCUGGUGUGUGAUGCUGAUGGCUUCCCAGAGCCUUCCAUGAGCUGGACAAAGGAUGGGGAACCCAUAGAAAAUGAGGAGGAAGAUGAUGAUAAGCACAUCUUCAGUGACGACAGUUCUGAGCUGACCAUCAGGAACGUGGACAAAAAUGAUGAAGCUGAGUAUGUCUGCAUUGCUGAGAACAAGGCUGGCGAGCAGGAUGCAUCCAUCCAUCUCAAGGUCUUUGCAAAGCCCAAAAUCACCUAUGUAGAGAAUCAGACAGCCAUGGAACUAGAGGAACAAGUCACUCUUACCUGUGAAGCCUCGGGAGACCCCAUCCCCUCCAUCACCUGGAGAACUUCCACCCGAAACAUCAGCAGUGAAGAAAAGGCUUCGUGGACUCGACCAGAGAAGCAAGAGACUCUGGAUGGGCACAUGGUGGUACGCAGCCAUGCUCGUGUGUCCUCCCUGACCCUGAAGAGCAUCCAGUACACAGAUGCUGGAGAAUACAUCUGCACUGCCAGCAACACCAUCGGCCAGGACUCCCAGUCCAUGUACCUUGAAGUUCAAUAUGCACCCAAGCUUCAGGGCCCUGUGGCUGUGUACACAUGGGAAGGGAACCAGGUGAACAUCACCUGUGAGGUCUUUGCCUACCCAAGUGCCACCAUCUCCUGGUUCCGAGAUGGUCAGUUGCUGCCAAGCUCCAACUACAGCAAUAUCAAGAUCUACAACACCCCGUCUGCUAGCUACUUGGAGGUAACCCCGGACUCAGAAAAUGACUUUGGAAACUACAACUGUACUGCAGUGAACCGCAUUGGACAGGAGUCCUUAGAAUUCAUCCUCGUUCAAGCAGACACACCGUCUUCUCCAUCCAUCGACCGGGUGGAACCAUACUCCAGCACAGCACAGGUGCAGUUUGAUGAACCAGAAGCCACAGGUGGGGUGCCCAUCCUCAAAUACAAGGCUGAGUGGAAGCCACUGGGUGAAGAAAUGUGGCAUUUCAAGUGGUAUGAUGCCAAAGAAGCUAACAUGGAAGGCAUUGUCACCAUCAUGGGCCUGAAGCCUGAAACAAGGUAUGCAGUACGACUGGCAGCCCUCAACGGCAAGGGGCUGGGUGAGAUCAGCGCAGCCACUGAGUUCAAGACACAGCCAGUCCACAGUCCUCCUCCACUGGCUCCUGCUAACUCUUCCGCCCUUGCUCCGUUGUCUUCACGAGCUAGGGAACCCAGUGCACCCAAGCUGGAAGGACAGAUGGGAGAGGAUGGGAACUCCAUCAAGGUGAACCUGAUCAAGCAGGAUGACGGAGGCUCACCAAUCAGACACUAUCUGGUCAAGUACAGAGCGAAGCUUGCCUCUGAGUGGAAACCAGAAAUCCGGCUCCCUUCUGGCAGUGAUCACGUCAUGCUCAAAUCCCUGGACUGGAACGCUGAGUAUGAAGUAUCUGUGGUAGCUGAGAAUCAGCAAGGAAAAUCCAAGGCAGCUCAUUUUGUGUUCAAGACCUUAGCACAGCCCACAGCCAUCCCAGCCAAUGGCAGCCCCACCACAGGCCUGAGCACCGGCGCCAUCGUGGGCAUCCUCAUUGUCAUCUUCGUCCUACUCCUGGUGGUCAUGGACAUCACCUGCUACUUCCUGAACAAGUGUGGUCUGCUCAUGUGCAUUGCUGUUAACCUGUGUGGCAAAGCUGGGCCCGGAGCCAAGGGAAAAGACAUGGAGGAGGGCAAGGCUGCUUUCUCGAAAGAUGAGUCCAAAGAACCCAUCGUGGAGGUCCGAACAGAGGAGGAACGGACCCCAAACCAUGACGGAGGGAAGCACACAGAGCCCAAUGAGACCACACCGCUGACAGAGCCCGAGCUGCCUGCUGACACCACAGCCACUGUCGAGGACAUGCUGCCUUCUGUCACCACCGUCACCACUAACUCUGACACUAUCACCGAAACUUUUGCCACUGCUCAGAACAGCCCCACCAGUGAGACCACUACACUGACCUCCAGUAUUGCCCCACCGGCCACAGCUGUGCCGGACUCAAAUUCUGUACCCGCUGGUCAGGCCACCCCUUCCAAGGGGUCUGGUGUCACUGCUGCAUCCUCACCCCCAGCCUCGGCCCCAAAGGUUGCUCCUCUUGUUGACCUGAGUGAUACCCCGACCUCAACUCCCUCUGCUAGCAAUCUGUCCUCCACUGUCCUGGCUAACCAAGGAGCUGUACUCAGCCCCAGCACCCCUGCCAAUGCGGGGGAGGCCUCCAAGGUCCCUCCACCCAGUAAGCAGUCCCCUGCUCCAACCUCCACCCCAGCUGGGGCGGCCAGCCCCUUAGCAGCAGUAGCCGCCCCUGCCACAGAAUCCCUCCAGGCCAAGCAGGAAGCCCCCAGCACCAAAGGCCCGGACCCAGAGCCCACCCAGCCUGGCGCCAUGAAGAACCCACCUGAGGCAGCCACAGCCCCUGCUAGCCCGAAGAGCAAGGCUGCCUCCAUCAGCACCACAAACCCUUCCCAGGGCGAGGACUUAAAAAUGGACGAAGGGAACUUCAAGACCCCAGAUAUUGACCUUGCAAAGGAUGUUUUUGCAGCCCUGGGCUCUCCUGCUCCUGCCACUGGAGCCAGUGGACAAGCCUCUGAGCUUGCUCCUUCCACUGCAGACAGCGCUAUGCCACCUGCACCAGCAAAGACCGAGAAGGGUCCUGUAGAAGCAAAGUCUGAAUCCCAGGAGUCAGAAGCAAAGCCAGCACCAACUGAAGUCAAGACGGUCCCCAAUGAUGCCACACAAACAAAAGAGAAUGAGAGCAAAGCAUGAUGGGUACCUAGCAACAAGCAAAGAUGAAAAUAAAGUGACACAGCGGCUUCACCAGAGCAUCCCCAAAUCUCUCUCUUCCUCUCUCUCUCUCUUACACACACACACACACACACACACACACACACACACACACACUCAUUCCUCUAGUGUCUUGCCUUUAAAAAAACAGAUAAACAUGGGAUCGCCUUUUUGUAGGUUUCUAGAAAGGGCUCCUUUGUGGCACACUCACUUCUAAAAAAAAAAUAAAAAGAGAGACAAAAAGGUUAAACCCACAGCCAAACUAGGACACUCCGUUCCCUGAAACCAUUUAAAAAU